AUGUUGUGUUCCUGUUUGAUUCAUUCACAGCAUGGCGCGUUUGAGUUGCUGGUGUCUUUUCUGGUUGUGCGUGUCGGGCGCUCAGUUUGUGUUUGCCGCCUUAGGAAAUGUGAUUAAGACGUGUGACGAGGACAAGGCGAUGAAGCUGUCAUUUGAAGGCUCUCCGACCGUUUUUCUCCAGAAGACGAUUGGGGAACUGCGACUGGUAAAGGUGACCAAAGAUCUUCCAGGAAUUGUACUCCGUGUGAAGUCUGGCCGCACCACACUAACGGUGCCCUUUUCUUCCCGGUAUGGUUACGUGGUAGAUGAGCGUUCCCAGUAUGUCGUGGUCAUUGCUGUUGGACGUCCCUCUAAUUUGAAGAGGUUCACAUGCCAUAAGCUAGGCUGGCGAGGUCCUAAGAACCUUUUUAAUGAGAGAUGUGCAGUUGCAGACAGUGAGAAGCUCCCUUGUGGAGGGUCUUCAUCCAUCACUUGGGCAGACUGUGAAGCCAAAAACUGUUGCUAUGAUUUGAGCAGCACCAGUCCAUGCUACUAUGCCAAUGAUGUGACUGUGCAGUGCACACUGGAUGGCCAGUUUGUGGUGGUGGUGUCUGAGAAUGUGACCUUUCCUCCCCUGGAUCUUGGGUCCAUCCAGUUGGUGGACAGCAGUUCCCCCAGCUGCAACCCUGUGACCAGCCUUUCCAGCUUUGUCAUGUACCAGUUUCCAGUCAGUGCCUGUGGUAGCACAGUCCAGUUGGCUGGUGGCAAUGUGACUUACCAGAACACCAUGUCUGCUGCCAUCACUGUGACGAAUGGUCCAGAGGGCUCCAUCACCAGGGACAGUGUCUACAAAUUAUUCUUCCAGUGCACCUACUCGGGAAGCCAGGAUGUGCAAGUGGAGGCUGAGGUGUAUACUGUGGCGCCACCUCUUCCAGUAGUAGAGCAAGGGCCAUUUGACCUGGAAUUGGUCAUUGCAACAGAUUCCACCUAUGGCUCCUACUAUGUGGAUGCUGACUACCCAGUGACCAAAACUCUGAGGGAUCCUGUGGCUGUGGAAGUGCACAUCUUGAACAGGACUGACCCUAACCUUGUGCUGUCUCUUGGGGACUGCUGGGUCACCCCAGGACCUUCUGCUUCCAGCCAGCCCCAGUGGAGCCUGCUGGUGAAUGGGUGCCCAUACACAGGAGACAACUAUUUGACCAGCUUGGUGACUGUGGAUAGCACCUCUGGAGUGGCCUACCCAAGUCAUUACAAGAGAUUUGUGUUUGAGAUGUUUGCUUUUGUGGAUCCUGUAGCUCAACAAGCCUUGGCUGAAAAGAUCUUCAUCUACUGUGUUGCUGCUGCCUGUUAUCCCUCUCCCACAGACCCCUGUAUUCAGAGCUGCCCUGCAAGAAGAUCUGGCAGAGCUGUAGAGAAGUUGGCCCGUAAUGCUUCGUUCAGGAAGAAUGUGCUCCUUCACAGUGGUCCUGUGAUCAUGGAGGCUGACCAUGUGCCGACAUCCAGACUAGAGCAGAAAGCCCCUCUUCACACUGGAUACCUUGUGCUGGGAGCUGCAGCUGUCAUGUUGAUGGUUGUGCUGGUUUUGGCUGUAGUUGCAAUGAGGAGGCUGAACUUGCAGAAUGUGAAUCUGAAAUCUUAAUAAAAGCUCUUAAUGAAAUUUUAUGUGUUUUUUGACUCGUUCAA